CAAUGCUCCGCAUAGGCGUGUCCUAGCACUUCUUGUCCAGAUGACGAGAUCUUAAUUGAACCCCUACCUGGAUGGCGGCUGGAGAUGGCUCGCCUGAGUCAGGCGACGACGAGAAGCCACAAAGCGAGACCAGAUCGCCCCAAAAGCCCUCGAAACCAGAGUCGACCGCGGAUGAAUCUGAGGACGACGAGGACGAAGAUGAGGAGGAAGAAGAGCCAAGGUUAAAAUAUGCGACUCUGACGAAGAAUGUCAGCCCGAUAUACCGCAAUGGCGACGCUACGAGUACGUUCCUGGUGGCUGGGGACAAAAUGGCAAGUAGAGCACAUAGACUCAGACGACCAAGAGCAUUUUCUGAUACUCGUGCUCUCUAGAUCGUUGGCACUCACAAUGGAAACAUUGCAUGGCACUCUCUCCCCUGUUCGAACGCCAGCUGACAUCGACAGCACGUUUUCUCAUUGCCGUCCUUCAAUCCACUACGAGUAUACCAUGCGCAUACAGCAAGCAUAUCUGCGAUCUCGAUAUCUCCUCUCAUUCCUCCUAUAUCAAUCUUGCGACCCGAGCCUCCUCCGAAACCAACGCUGGAGCCUGCACUGUCCAGGAGCAGGUCCCCCACGGGCUCUCCUGCUGGGAAAGGAAAGCAGCAAUCACAACUACCACCUGUGCCGAAUACACCUUCGAAUCAGAUCUACAUAGCCACUUCCUCUAUCGACGGCAACGUCUGUAUCGCUUCGCUAGUCGACCCUCGAGAUGUCCAGCUACGGAACUUUGGAAGACCUGUGCAGAGUGUGGCCCUUUCGCCCGAAUAUAAAUCAGAGCGGAACUACUUGUCUGGAGGGCAAGCUGGAAGCUUGAUCUUGACGACGGGUGGACAGGCUGGCAAGAGUGCGAAUGCGACCACAACCGGUACAGCUGCGGCGGCCUCAGGUUGGCUUGGAUCGCUAGGCUUGGGUGCCAAUACCGGAACGGACAAAGUCUUGCAUAGUGGAGAAGGCAUCAUCAGCACUAUCAAGUGGUCACUGUCCGGGAAAUAUGUCCUCUGGGUAAACGAGCAAGGCAUCAAGAUUAUGAGGUCUAACUUGAAGCUAGAAAGCGGUGAAUCAGGCCUGGAAUGGAAACGAAUGAGCCACAUUGAUAGGCCGAGCCGGCCGGGUUGGGAAGACAUGGCCGGAGUAUGGAAAGCACGUGCUGAAUGGAUCGAUCGAGACAAUCUAGAAGCUGAAGAAGAUAAUCCUGCCAGCGGUGCUGUUCCCCCGGCCGCCAAUGGAGCACCUUCGCAACCAGGCCAUAAGAAGGCCAAAGUGGAAGAAGCCUUGAUUGGGUGGGGUGAUUCAGCUUGGCUGAUCAAGGUCUAUCCUGGAUCUUCUGAGAGUGAUGCUGAGCACAAGAUUGGACGCGCAGAAGUCGCUACGAUUAUACGAUUUGAUGACUGUACUAUAUCUGGAAUUUCGCUAUAUACCCCGAGUCUGCUUUUGGUACUAGCAUAUAUGGAGAAAAAGGGCUCCGGCUCGUCUCAGGGGAACGGAGAAGGUAAAAAAGGCCGCCGUGCACGGCACAAUGCAUUGGAACCGGAGUUACGCCUAAUCAAUGUUAAUACGAAAGAGGAAGUCGACACGGAUACUCUCACAGUGAGCAGAUACGAAACUCUUUCAGCUUCAGAUUACCACUUGGGCGUUCUCCCGCCAGUACGUAUACCGGCUGCCAUGGCCCAGAAAGGAUAUCUUGGGACGCUCGGCUCGGGUAUGACUACAGUCGGUUCCAGUCUCUACACUGGUGUUGAGACUGUUGGGCAAGGUAUGUGGGAUGCGACAAUGUACGGACCACGGAUGCUAGGUGCGAAUCGGAUCUUCAGUGGCGCAGAGAGUAUCAGAAGUGGCACGACUGGUCCUGAACGUGGAAGCACGAGGGAGAGGAACUACCUUACCAGCUGGAUUCCGGGAUUCGGCUCAGCCGACGGCCAUUACGACAGUGGGACGCAAAUGGCGACUGCACAUGGCAUGAAGAUAUUUAUUUUCAGCCCGUAUGACUGCAUUGCCGCAGUGAGACGCAAUCUCAGUGACCGCGUGCAGUGGCUCAUCAGUGUCAAACGCUAUAAGGAAGCUUGGGAACUGAUCGACCUACAUCCCGAAGCCGCUGGAUCAUCCCCCGAGUCUCCUGAAGCUGGAACUCCACCAAUUCCAUCAAAAGCGAGCUCGAUAGCAAGGUCCGCCACUGGGACUCUCUCGAGCCCUGACAAGAUUCGCCAGCAAGCGACGUUGGCUGAGUUCUUCGCUGACUCCACCUCCAUUACCAGCUCAGCUCAAGAAAAACCCAAAAACAAGUUUUCUGCUGCGGAAAAGGAGAAGCGCAGAAUUGGCGAGCUCUGGCUGAAACAACUGGCGGAUGCCAACCAUUGGGCCGAGGCUGGCGAGGUCACUGCGAAGGUGCUCAACACGACGACUCGGUGGGAGCACUGGAUUUGGCUGUUCAUCAAGAAGCAGAAGUUUGACGAAAUAUCGCCGUAUGUGCCGACCCUUGAGUUAACUCCUCCUUUGCCAUCGUCAAUCUAUGAGAUGAUUCUGGGCUAUUAUGUGGAAACAGACCGAGCGCGAUUCAAAGAACUGCUUGAUUUGUGGCCCUCUGAUUUAUUCGAGAUCAGCAGUAUCACCACAGCGAUUGAAGAACAAUUUCGUGCCGGUACCAUUCCAAAAGACUCGGAAGACUGGCGGCUGCUCCAAGAAGGCCUGGCCAAGCUGUUCCUUGCUGAAGGGCAUUACAAUGAGGCAUUGAAGUGCUACGUCCGUCUCCAAGAUGCCGACGCAGCUUUGUCACUUAUCAAAGACCAUCAUCUUGUCGAAGCUAUCGGCGACGACAUCCCGAGUUUCGUCAUGCUCCGGGUAUCGCCCAGUCAAUUGAAGUCUGCCUCGGUAAACGAACUGGACGACUUAUCUUCUGAUCCAAUCCAGUUGCUCGUGGACGAAGCCACAGCUGGGGCUGUCGAGGCUGACGAAGUUGUAUCGCAACUCGAUACUACCACUUUCAAACCCUUUCUGUACUUCUACCUCCGAGCACUAUGGCGGGGUGAAGGCACAGAGAGUACGGCUAAGGGCCCUCGUGUUGGUCACUCAGCUCUUGCCACUUCACUCGUGGCAGAUGCAGGCAAACAGCUCGUGGAACAAUUUGCAGACACUGCUGUCGAGCUUUUCGCCGAGUACGACCGUCCGCUGCUCGUGGAAUUUCUGCAAGCAUCUACAGCAUAUACAUUCGAAAUUGCGGUCAAGGUAUGCGAGAAGAAGCACUUCAUCGAAGAGCUAGUAUACCUAUUGAGCAAGACGGGCCAAAUGAAAAAGGCGCUUUUCCUGAUCAUCGAUGAACUGAAGGAUGCGAGUAAAGCAAUCGCCUUCGCGAAGGAGCAGGACGACAAAGGCCUCUGGAAUGACUUGCUUGAGUACAGCAUGUCACGCCCACGGUUCAUCUCGGAGUUGUUGGCUGAGGUUGGGACGGCUAUCGAUCCGAUCACGCUGGUCAAACGGAUACCUUCCGGCCUUGAGGUGGAAGGUCUGAAGGACGGGCUGAGGAAGAUGCUUCGCGAGUACGAUCUGCAGGAUAGCAUCAGCUCCGGCGUGGCGAGGGUGUUGAGCAGUGAGGUUGCCGUCGGGAUGGAGACUCUCAGGAGGGGCAGGCGGAGAGGGAUCAAGUUCGCAGUUCGCCCGCCGCAUCACAAGACGCAUGUAGUGCGCGAGGCGGACAAUGUUGGAGAGGAAGAGAAGACUGAGGCCGUGACCGAGACCGAGAGGGAAGUUGAGCCAGGCCACUGCGCAUCGUGUCAAAAGUCAUUCAUCCAGGAUGAGAAAGAGACGCUGAUCGGGUUUGCAUGUGGGCAUGUGUAUCAUGUUUCGCACCUGCUUCAUGGUCCGGACGCGGAAGGCGAUGAGGCUCUAUUGCCGGACAGUGCAGCGAGGAAGGAUCGAGAAGAUGAAGGCACGAUAGAUGAAUUCAGAUUCUCGAGGAGUGUAGGUCCAAAGGUCACGAAUGCGCGGUUGCUGAAGGACAAGAUCCAGGCCGUGGGCGGGUGUGGGAUAUGUCGGGAGUCAAGGCAGCGAGUGGAGGCUGUGAGUGGAUGAGGGUGAGGGUAUUGUAAAGUAAGUAGACAAUGAAUACAUGCGGAAUGA